AUGGACCUAUUCUCCGCCGCCUGCGAGAACUUCGGUCUGGUCAUUAACACGCAGAAGACGGUGGUGAGGCAGCAACCGCCACCCAACUCAGCCACAGCCCCCAACGCGUCGCCGCGCCUUCAGGCGUCGCAUGGGCCUAUUCGACAACAUGCCCAUCCACGAGAGCGGCACUGACCGCACUCUCGACACACCAACCACAUCCACCGUACACUUCCCCACACCCGCUCCAUCCGUCCGCGCCACCACCGCCACCACCGCCUCCUCUGUAGCUGACACUGACACCGCCGUCUUCUCAUGCCCACACUGUUCACGCACAUUCACCUCGCGCAUCGGCCUGGUCGGUCACUUACGAAUCCAUCGCACAGAGACUGGCGAACCAGUGCCUGGAGCACCAACCUAUACCCACCACGCUCGACUCAACUGCCCACACUGCCCUCGCAUCUUCAGGCACCGCAUGGGCCUAUUCGGCCACAUGCGCAUCCACGACGACCUGCGGUAG